AUGGCUCGAUUACUCCGAUUUGCCGAUGUUGCUGUGACUUUCACCGCAGACCAAUUCCAGGGCAUCUACCGCGGCAAGCAGUACCAUGAGUCUGACUUUCACGAGGUCCUGAAACGCGCGCAAGACUAUGGCUGUGAAAAGAUCAUGCUUACUACCAUGACUCUCGCGGGAGCGCACCAGAACCUUAAAGUAGUAAGGGAGUUUCCGAACAUGUGCACGUUAACGUUAGGCGUGCAUCCAUAUCACGCGGGGGAGCUUUACAUCAACGACGACGCCAAAGAUGGAGAAGGAAGAGGAAAAGAUGCGUUGCAGGAGCUCGAAGAUCUCGCCCGGACACUUCUGGCCGAGAGACCGUCGCCCCUCGUCGCGUUCGGGGAAAUCGGGCUCGACUAUGAGUAUCUGGACCGUGCGGAUAAAGAGUCGCAGAAACGGGCUUUUCGCGAUCAGCUCGAGGUAGCGACGAAGUUGGAUUUGCCGCUAUUUCUGCAUGUACGUGAAUCGUGUGCCGAUUUUGUGGAUAUCAUACGGCCGUAUCUAUCGAGAUUUCCGCGCGGAGGACUGGUUCAUUCGUUUACUGGCUCGAGGGAGGAAAUGCAUCAGUUGGUGGAUCUGGGAUUGGAUGUUAGUGUGAACGGGGUUUGUUUUCGGACGGAGGAGCAAUUGGAUAUGGUGCGCCAUAUUCCGUUGGAACGCUUGCAUUUGGAAACCGAUGCCCCCUGGUGCGAGGUGCUCGCCAACGAUCCGAAAAUCGCCCCGUAUCUGGCAGAUGCGAGACCGUUGCCGGCAUCUCGGAAACAUAACAAGUUCGUGGUCGGUCAGAUGGUCAAGACGCGCAAUGAGAGCUGCACGAUUGAACGAGUGGCUCUGGUUGUGGCUGGGUUGAAGGGCAUUCCGGUGGAAGAUGUGGCCCGGGCAGCAUGGGAUAACAGCGUCCGCAUGUUUGGACUGGGCGUUCGUGAAGGUUAG